GUAACAAAAAGAAUUUGUUAAAUUUCAACAUGAACAAAUAGUUCAUAAAACGCAUUAGACACGAAGCUAAUCGCAUCGCGCCUCACCUCCACUGCUGCAUCUCAGAAUCGGGACGCCAUCUUCCUCACUACAUCGUCCCUAUUAGCACACUAGAUUUUGCCAAAAAGAUCAAAUUUUGAAGCAAUUGUUUUUGUGGGCAACAUUCAUUCUUUCCUAUCCCUCGAAAAAUCAAUUUUCGGCUUCGGGCUCAAUCGGAAAUGGAGAAGGUGAUGAACAUUCUGAAGCCGAAGCCAAAUCCACAGCAACUAUUGAGGGAUUGGCAGCGCAGGCUUCGCCAAGAGUGUCGCAACAUUGAGCGCCAAAUUCGCGAUAUACAAAGAGAAGAAAAAAAUGUGCAGAAGGCUAUUAGAGAAGCUGCAAAGAGGAAUGACAUGGGCUCUGCAAAGGCACUUGCCAAGGAACUUGUGAGAUCUAGGCAAACUGUGAACCGCCUUUAUGAAAACAAAGCACAAAUGAAUUCAAUAUCAAUGCACCUUGGAGAGAGUGUUGCAAUUGCUCGUACUGUGGGACAUCUAUCAAAGAGUGCUGAGGUUAUGAAGCUUGUCAAUAAUCUCAUGAAGGCUCCUGAAAUGGCGGUGACAAUGCAAGAGUUCAGCAAAGAAAUGACAAAGGCAGGAGUUAUCGAGGAGAUAGUAAAUGAUGCCGUUGACUCAGCGCUAGAUUCUGAGGACAUAGAAGAUGAGAUAGAAGAAGAAGUUGAUAAAGUCUUGACCGCUAUAGCUGGCGAGACAGCUGCUCAACUUCCUGAAGCUGUGAGGAAAGAGAGGGUGAAGCUACCUGCUCAAAGUGUUGGCGCAGAGGAAGAUGCUAUAGCUGAGGGUGUCGAUGAUGAAGAAGAAAUGGAAGAAAUAAGGGCCCGGCUUGCUAAAGUUCGAUCAUAAUCAAGUUUCUAAUUUCGCAGCCUCUACCUUGUACCCUGGUAUGUUAUGAGAGAGAGAUGUUAACAGGUUUGUUGUAACCUAUUUGUCAUAUCUAUAUUGAAAAUGACAAUUGAUAACACUAAUGGGAAAGAUGGUAUUGGAAUGUGCAGUUUGUAUGUAAGUUACACUGAGUUCUUGAAAGUGUGUCAAGCUAUAUUGUCUUUCUUCUUAAUUUUGUUAAUAAGAUAAUAAGCGCGAAGUAACUUCAUCUA